AUGUGUCAUCAAGGUGUGCCUAUAGCAUCCCGUAGUUUUAAACAAGGUCUAGGCAAUUUCAUUGCUUCUUCCAAUGGUCUCGUUCUCUAUGGUAACCAUCCCAUGAACUAUUAUGUGUGCAACCCUGUUACUAAUACUUGGUUUGCACUUCCUCCACCCAUACAUACUGAUGACUAUUACACUGAAGUUCCUCAUAAUGUGUAUGCCAGUGAUGACACGAUAAAGAACUUAGUUGGAUUUUAUUGCCAAGAAGAAGAUGAACAAUUAUCGCACCAUGAUAUUGACGUAGAUGCUAUUACUAAUCACAUACGUCAAAGUUACAAGGUGGUACGGUUUUUUGUGAAGCAAGCUAUUAACAAUGACUGGGAAAUGGUGGUGAAGAUUUACUCUUCUGAUACUGGAAUCUGGAAAGAAUCCAAGCUUGACUAUUUUGGAAUGCCGCUAUAUCAUGUACUAGCUAUGAGCUCAUAUAGCAUCUCUAUACGUGGGGUCUUCUUUUGUUCAACAACCAUUUCAACAGGAAUGCUGAUUUUCGCCUACGUAUUUAACAUGGCGAAGGAUGGCCUCGACGUGUUGAUUGAGGGACCUUCUUCAUCACACAUUAAUGGAAGAGCCUCUGGGGCUAUUGGGGAGUCAGAUUUGGGGUUUCUUCAAUGUGUUUUAGGCCAUGAUGAAAGAUUUGAGGUAUACAUGUUGAAACAGAAACUGCAUAGUUAUUUUGACAAGGAAUGUUACCCUUUUGUCUACAGGUCAGAAUGGACAUUGAGGCAUAGAGUGAAUACUAAUGCUAUUACUAACACUCUGUCUCCAUCCAAAAGAGGAACUUUUCCUGUUGCAUUCCAUGCUCAGAAUUCGCAUAUUUUGUAUCUCAGAAUAGGGAAUCAGAUCAUUUGCAUUGAUAUGCAAAGUGGGAUACUGGAUUUUGUCCCUUACGAUCAUUCCCAUGGCUUGAUUUGCUGUUCCUGUUGCUAUUUGUUGGAGCCCUUUUUUCAUAACCUGGAGUCAUGGCCUUUGUCCCCUUUGCCUCGGCAAAAUUGAUCAACAUCAUUGGGGAUAUGGUCCUCUUUCGAUUUGCAAAAUUAGCUUAAGUAGUUUGGAUUUUAAUAUUUUUCCAAUCCUAUCAUAUAUAGGAAUUGA